AUUGUAUAAAUGCAUGGCGUGUGGAAAGAACUUCACUGAGAAGGCAAAGAUGAUUUACCAUCAAAGAAUUCACAUAGGGGAGAAGCCAUAUCAGUGUUUGAAGUGUGCAAAGAGCUUCAAUUGGAAGACGCACCUCACUCGGCAUCAAAGAAUUCACACUGGGGAGCAGCCUUAUCAGUGUUUGAAGUGUGCAAAGAGCUUCAGUCGGAAGACAGAUCUCACUUCUCAUCAAAGAAUUCACACUGGGGAGAAUCCUUAUCAGUGUUUGAAGUGUUCGAAGAGCUUCAAUCGGAAGACACACCUCACUCAACAUCAAAGAACUCACAUUGGGGAGAAGCCAUAUCAGUGUUUGAAGUGUGCAAAGAGCUUCAGUCAGAAGACACAGCUCACUUCUCAUCAAAGAAUUCACACUGGGGAGAAGCCAUAUCAGUGUUUGAAGUGUUCAAAGAGCUUCAGUUAGAAGACACACCUCACUCGGCCUCAAAGAACUCACACUGGGGAGAAGCCAUAUCAGAGUUUGGAGUGUGCAAAGAGCUUCAGUCAGAAGACAGAUCCCACUUCUCAUCAAACGAUUCACACUGGGUAGAAGCUGUAUCAUUGCUUGGAGUGUGCAGAGAGCUUCAGUCAGAAGAGAUAUAUUCGUUCACAUCAAAGAACUGACACAGGGGAGAAAGCAUAUCAUUGUUCGUAGUGUCCAAAGAGCUUCAGUGAUGGGAGAAGCCUGAUUUCCCAUCAAAGAAUUCACAUUGGAGAAAAACCAUAUAAAUGCUGGGAGUGUGGAAAGAGCAAUUCUCAGAUGGUAACACUUAAUUCUCAUCAAAGACUUCAUUCAGGGAAGAAAGUUUAAAGUGGUUCAU